AUGACCAAGUUGUGCGAGAAGUAUAAGUUUCAACACUCGUUUUCUGCGAGUUACAAUCCGUCGUCAAACGGCCAAGCUAAAGCUUUCAAUAAGAUAUUGUGCAAUAUCUUGAAGAAGAUGGUCUCAGAAAAUAAAAGAGAUUGGCAUGAACGCCUCUUUGAAGCAUUAUGGGCUUACAGGACGACCAUAUGCAACUCAACAGGAUGUACACCGUACAAUUUGGUGUUUGGCUCUGAGGCUAUUCUACCAUUAGAAGUCCAAUUGGCAUCAUUAAGGGUAGCUUUACAGUUGACAAACCCCAAUGAAAAUGCAAAUGUGAGAUUGGCAGAACUGGAAGCUCUCGAUGAGAAAAGACUGGCAGCUCAACAAAGGCUCGAAAUAUAUCAAGCUUAG